AUGUACGCUGUACAGAGGGACGAUUGGGCUGGCAGUCGUGUCGGACAAACCGUGUUGAGCUUGGCGUAUGCAGCCCGGAACAACAUGAAGUUCGGAGGUUUUUUACCGGCAUUAUCCAAACCUCAUACACUUCAUGCAGGUGAUGUGCCGGCAGCCAUGAGCGCUUUCCUAGGUUGCAACUAUUCGGACCUGGUUGUGCAGGCCGAAAAUGUCCAGUUUGAUCGCUGUUGGAAUGGAGUAGAUACGCUUGGUAGUGGCUUCGCUGGCCAGGAGAUCCUUCUGGAGGAGUGCAGGGGCGUGGAGUGCCGAGAUCAGGCGGUUCUCACCUCAUCGUUUCUGUCAGAGUUGCGAAAGUCCACCUUGAUUUUGACGCACUCUACACCUUACUUCGAAGGGAACGGCAUGAAGGUUGCCAUUCAUAUGCGCCGAGGGGAUCGAGUUCCACAGGGCUCUGCAAAGGAUGUGAACAGCAAGCACUAUGCAUCCGACGCCUUAUACCUGAAUUUCUUGAGACUGCUCCGGCAGCAUAUGCAGAAUGCUGAGAUUCAUGUCUUCAGCACAACGGAGCGUGACACCACAAGCGAAGAUUUCGAUGUCUAUAGAAACCUUGGCGUGCAAGUUCACUUGGAUGGUGACAUUGUUGGAGACUGGGCUCAUAUGGCUCAGGCCGAUCUGCUUGUCACUGCUCCCAGUACCUACUCCUGGGUAGCUGGCCUGCUCAACGAGAAGUGUGUUGCCAUUUUCAAUAUCUUCACGCUCCCCAUCGUAGUGGACUGGAUUGAACUGAGUGAGGACCUGCACGAGUUCAAAGACAUUGAGAGCUGCCUCUCAAAGAGAGGCUUCUAA